CGUCGAUAUGGAUCCAUUAUUCGGUCAUUAGAAACAUGGGGCUCACGGUUCAACUCUCACUGGCGAUUUUCGCAUUUUCGAUCGAUGUUCUCGCGGAUCCCAUCGCGAAUGAAAGUACCGGGGUAUCGGUUGAUCGGGAGCUACAGGAGUUGCGUAAUAGACUGGAUCUGCUUUACGUGACGAACAGCGAACAAAUAGAGGCACUUGUUUCCGAAAUUCACCGUUUGAGAACGGCUGUAGAAAGCGUUGGAUGGCUUUCUGAGCGGAUGGAGCGAUCCCUGCACGGAAUGGGAACCAACCAUGAUGUUCUGUUGAGAAACGUGACUACGCUAACAAUGCAGUCGAACGAAAUAGUGGAAAACCAGAGAUACUGCGCGAAUCACGAGGCGUUGAAGAAUAUGUUCUUCGAGCUUACCCCGAGGUGUAAUGUGUCGGGUGGUCAUCUUCUUCCACCGUUUCCCAAUUCCACCGUUGAUCCUGGCACAUCGAACAGGCUCUAUCGCUCGUGCAGUGAAGCCCCAGAUCGCUCCGGAGUGUACAGAAUCGCUCUCAACGGCAACAGCAGCUACUUCGAGGCGUACUGCGAGCAGGAGAAAUACGGUGGUCGCUGGCUAGUGUUCCAAAGACGACAAGAUGGAUCUGUGAGUUUUAAUCGUACCUAUAGCGAUUACACACACGGAUUCGGCGAUGCUAAGGGAGAGUACUGGCUGGGUUUGGAGAACCUUUUUCAACUAACCUCGCGAUACUCCCACGAAUUGUUGAUUGUGAUGGAUAACUUCACCGAUUAUUCAGUGUUCGAAUCAUAUCGUGGUUUUAGAGUGGAGGGAGCAGCUUCUUUGUAUACGCUUAGGCUUUCUGGAAGUGGCAUAGGGACCGCUGGCGAUGCAUUCUCUAUUUACAACAACGAGAAGUUUAUAGCCUAUGACAGCGUUAAUGGCUCAGUACCUUGCGCUGUAUCACUGGCGAGCGGAUUCUGGCACUGGGGCUGCAGUUCGCACACUAGCAGGAGCAAUUUGAACGGUGUUUAUGGAAUUCGUGGAUCAGAUAGACAGGGAAUCUGGUGGGGAAAUUUCAACAAUGGGGGAUUAUUCGAUAAUCAUCUCAAGAGAGUUCAAAUGAUGAUUCGAAUCGUCGCGUAGAUGUAUGCGAUUGAAUAACUCUUCAAGUGGCAAACGAUCAACAAUGAAAUGAAAAGAUUCAGAAUAAAAUAAACUUAUUGUUGCGCAUAAAAAAAGA